AUGUUUGUAUUAAGUGUAAAAAGAUUGGUAAAUUGUCUUACCAAAAAACCCAUUGAUUUAUCUUCAAUUCCAAAAGAUUUUUUAACAAUAUUAAUGGAGGAUCCACAAUUACAACAACAACAAAAUAGGUUUAGUAAUAGGUUUAGCACAGCUAAUAUUAUAAGAUUAUGUGAUUUUUGUUAUUUGGAUAUUGAUCCAAAUAGUGUCUCGGUUAAUGAAGAAAGUGGUGGUGGUUGGGCUGUACAAGGAAAUAUUUCUCCGCCACCAUCACCGUGA